CAAAAAGUGGAUGACGGGUGUUGCUUGACAUUCAUCAACACCUAUAAUUGCUCUUGCUGUUUCGCUUAGCAGACAUAUCAAUACACUGGCACCUACUACACACAUACACGUAUAACGUGUGAGUAAUAACGAUCGAUUAAGGAUUACUUACGGGGUAUAAUCGCAAUGUAUCAUCGAUGAAGAAUCUGAAAAAAAAGUCGGAUAGCGCGAGAGGUGGGCAAGUGAGUAAGACAGCAGAUGCAACGAACGUAAGCGGAGAUGCAUCACCCACCCGCGUGUGCAGAGAUUUCCUGCGAAACGUGUGCCACAGGGGUAAACGUUGCAAGUAUUUACACGAACGAUCCGAUGACGAUCCUAUAGAGGAGUACACGUUUUGUCAUGACUUUCAAAAUGGCAUGUGUAAUUGGCCUGGAUGCAAAUUUCUUCACUGCACGGAAAGCGAAGAAAAGAGAUUCAGAGCGACAGGGGAGUUACCCGCUCAUAUCUUGAGUAGGCUCAAGAAUAACAAUGAGAAAUCUGAAUAUCCGAUGUGCAAAGAUUUUAUCAAGGGCAGCUGUCAAAGGACAAAUUGUAAAUUUAGGCAUUGGAAGAACGAGGAACCACAGCAUAAUUUAAUCACAGCUUCCCAUCACAAUGUGUCCAGACCGCAGCAUAACUUCAAUGGUACUAGUAACGGUGAGAAUCGCAGAUACGAAGAGGAUAGAAACUUUCACUGGCAAAUGGAAGAUCAACACAACUUAGUCGCAAAUAAUGGUUACAAUGCAUCUUCACAACCACCUGAUUACAUAGGACCCCCUGAACCAAAGAGACGAAUAGUUUCUGGUGAAACUGUUGUUCAUUUUGAGGCUUCGCCACUUGUAGGUCAACAUACCGCGCAACCUGUCACUCCAGGAUACUACUAUCCAGUGAUACCGCGCAAUGAAGCUAGAGCAAUUGUUUUAGAAGAUGAAAAUGCAUUAUUAAGGAAAAAAAUAGAGGAAUUAAAAAAGCAAGUUAGCGAUCUAACAGCAACUAACGAGUUUCUUUUGGACCAAAAUGCUCAGUUAAGAAUGUCAGGGAAACGAACUGCAAAUGUAACAGCAGUUACUGUUCCAGCAGUUACUAUUACGAAUACCGUUCCACCAUCGCAAGCGCCGACACCUCAACAAAUGGUUAAUGCAGCAGUAGCUGCUGGUACUUUGCGUACAGUCACUGCAAGUGUUGCGACUGUUCCUGUAAGUAUAGCCACAGUUGCACCUGUUUCUAUUGCAGCGGUUUCAAUGGCACCCGUAUCAAUUCCGCCACCUAUCGUUACGAUGGCUCAGCAAACAAUUACAAUGAGUGGUUCAGGUCCACAGCCAAGUAAUCAGCAGCCACCUAAUACGCAACAACCUGCUAGUUUACCUCUUUCGAUAUCUGGUGCUACCGCGCCAUUGGUUUCGUAUCCUAUUAUGACUCAAGAACUUAGGCCUGUGUUGCAGUAAUGAAUUAUAAGUGAGAAAAGAACAUCCAAUAAUACCUCAAACAUAUAGACGAGUCAAGGAUGCUGUCUUCUGCAUUCAGUCUUUCAAAAUAAUACCUUAUUUCUACUAUUUCUUCAAAUAUAAAUGAUAAAUGCUAAAAAAUAAAAAAAAAUAGAGGAAAUAUCUGCAGUCGGUCAAAAGAAUGUUUUCUUUUAGAAAAAUACAAUGUUGGAAAUAUCACACUAAUUAAAAAACGCGACAGCCUAGAUAUUUAUGUAGGAACACAUAGAAAUUAUCGUACAGGACAAACGUAACGAUCAUGACUGUUUUUUAGCAGAAUCACUUAAACGAAAUGCCCUUGUUAUAGCUCACUAAGUUUAGUAUUUUCGUUCCUUUCAAUAAUUUACCGUGCAUAAGGUAAAUGUCAACUAUAUUAAUUUGUUAAUAUACG